CGCUGGGCGAUUUAGAGCCGCGCACCGGGCGGGAAUGUAAGAUGGCGGAGUAGAAACGCGAGUGCUUAGUACUGAGUCUCUGGGCCGACUCGGUUCGGGUCUCGGCGGCAGCACCAGUGAUCGUUAAGCAAAGAGAGCCUAGGGUAGUUGGCCAAGAUGCCGAAUAUCAAAAUCUUCAGCGGCAGCUCCCACCAGGACCUAUCCCAGAAGAUUGCCGACCGCCUGGGCCUGGAACUGGGCAAGGUGGUGACUAAGAAAUUCAGCAACCAGGAGACCUGUGUGGAAAUCGGAGAAAGUGUUCGUGGAGAGGAUGUCUACAUUGUUCAGAGUGGCUGCGGUGAAAUCAAUGACAAUCUCAUGGAACUUUUGAUUAUGAUUAAUGCCUGCAAGAUUGCUUCAGCCAGCCGGGUUACUGCAGUCAUCCCGUGCUUCCCUUAUGCCCGGCAGGAUAAGAAGGAUAAGAGCCGGGCUCCAAUCUCAGCCAAGCUGGUUGCAAAUAUGCUCUCUGUAGCAGGCGCGGAUCAUAUUAUCACCAUGGACCUUCAUGCUUCUCAAAUUCAGGGCUUUUUUGAUAUCCCAGUCGACAAUUUGUAUGCAGAGCCAGCGGUCCUCAAGUGGAUAAGAGAGAACAUCUCUGAGUGGAGGAACUGCACAAUUGUCUCACCUGAUGCUGGAGGAGCAAAGAGAGUGACUUCCAUCGCAGAUCGGUUGAAUGUGGACUUUGCCUUGAUUCACAAAGAACGGAAGAAGGCCAAUGAAGUGGACCGCAUGGUGCUCGUAGGAGACGUGAAAGACCGUGUGGCCAUCCUCGUGGAUGACAUGGCUGACACUUGCGGCACAAUCUGCCAUGCAGCUGACAAACUUCUCUCAGCUGGAGCCACCAGGGUUUAUGCUAUCCUGACUCAUGGAAUCUUUUCUGGCCCAGCCAUUUCUCGUAUUAAUAAUGCAUGCUUUGAAGCAGUAGUAGUCACUAAUACCAUACCUCAGGAGGAUAAGAUGAAGCAUUGCUCCAAAAUACAGGUGAUUGACAUCUCCAUGAUCCUCGCAGAAGCCAUCAGGAGAACUCACAAUGGAGAAUCCGUCUCUUAUCUGUUCAGCCAUGUCCCUUUAUAAUAGAAUAACUCCUGAGGCUUUUCAAAAAUAAAGUGAGCCUCACCCCCUUGUUUUUUUCUUUGGUAUUUGAUGAAAAAUCCAGCAGAAGACCCAGCUUGUUGCAGUGUAGCUUUCUACAUCCCUCAUGAGUUAUAUGAGCGUUACUACUAUUGUGUUGGCCAAAAAGUUCAUUUGGGUUGUUCCUUAACAGCUUAUGGGAAAACCUGAAUGAACUUCUUGGUCAACCCAAUACGUUAGAGAAAUAUAGAAUGACAUUAGCCGCUGGGAUUUUCUACCUGUAUUGUCUCAUCCUGGCUUCUUUGAUCUAGUGAGCCUUGCAGCUUUAACUGUUCGGCUGCUACAAGAUGCUGGACUUUGAAAAGCUUUUUGUAGAGUGUCCAAAUAUGUUUGGGGAAGCUCAGACUACUUUGUAUGUGAAUGCUUCAGCACACCCACCCCCCUGCAAUGUGUGAUAAGUUCUCUAAAGUCUGUACUAAAUUAUAAAAGAACCUAGGGCAACCUGAACCCAGAUCUGGUUGCUGAGCCCCUGUAGGCUGGAGAAGCCCUAGGGCAGGACCCUGAGGGGAAGCAACCCACCAUAGAGCAAAUGCUUCUUGGGAGGAAAAAGCCUGAUCCAUCACCCUUUGCUUGGAUUCUGUCACUUGGAUUCUUUUUUGUCCCUAUUCUUUUCCAUUUGGCCUGAUUCUAUCCACUUGGUCCCAAGUGAUUGUUGUGCCAUAGUUUUCUGGAAAGCAAACUCAAUUCCUGCUCUAUGAUCUGUAACAUUAACAUGAGAUGAUUUUGCUGUAGCUUAAUCUUCCUUAGUCCACUACCACUGUGGUGUAGUGCCUUUUGAUUAAUUUAACUGUUUAUCAUCUUUCUUCUUUGGAUCUAUUUGGCCUCUCAAAUGACCUGAGAUUUCUGUUUAAAAAAAGUUGGUAUUACUGUCUCUUGUAGAAGAAACUAAUAAAGUUAUCUCUUUGAUUGUGGGUCUA